CAGUAUCUACUUGCGCAGAAGACGCACAGGGACUUAUUACAGUAGGUAGGUUAAAAUAGAAAUUGAUACAGUAUAUUGCCAUGGCUGGAAAGGAGAACAGAAAAAGAUUUGCGGAGCUUUAAAUGGCACGCCCUCCCCUUUUGUAUUUGUAUCAGGUACUUAUAGAUAGCGUACUGCGGUGGAGUGUCCCGUAGCCUGCCUGUCUCUCUGCUUGCUAUUCAGGGGCUGUGUCCCCCUCACUCUCUUCAGCCGGAGCCUGUGCCAGUGCCGUCCCAGACAAGAUACUGCAGUCUCUCCACAACUCUGCUUACGCCAGCCCCUGACCUUCACAGCAGACAUGCAAGCCUGCAUAACCAGGUCAUACAUCACACCUGCGCGUGAUGAGGAGGCGGAGUCUCAGAGGAAAGCGCGGUCGAGACAGGCGCGGCAAACACGGAGGUCAACACAGGGGGUGACUCUGGCAGACCUCCGAGAGGCUGAGAAGACGUUUGGCUGCCCCCGAGCGGAGAGGAGAGGGGCAGAGCAGGACAGGCAGGAGGAGGAGAAGAAGGUCCCAAAAUCCCUGCUGCUGCCUCCAAGGGAUCCGGGGGAACCCAGUCCCCGCUGGACCAGGGGUCAGGAGGAGUUUGGUUACCGGCGACCACGAUUUGGGUCCCAGGCUGAGAGUCCGACCACGCCCCUGACAUCGCCCUCUGCGAGUGGCUGCUUCCUCUUCCCUGGCACAGGGCUGACCAAUAGGCUUGCAGGAGGAGGCUCCGCCUCUCUGUCAUCAUGUAGGGAGACAGAAAGGAGUGGAUCUGACAAGAGAGGAGAAGAGGAGAAGGGUUUCAAUGACCAGUCAGAGCUCUUACAAUCCUUACAAGAGAGGCGGCUAUCCAGAGACCACAGCCAAGCAACUGGUGUCUCCUGCUGGACACAAGAGGAAGGCGGUGCUAAUAAAAAGGGAGAAAAAGGAGCAGAGCAUGAUAGAACGUCUAGGUUAGACUCCUCCAGCACUGGUGACAGCGUCACAGACCGUCUCCUGAGUCGCACCAGCUCCUAUACCCGCCGCGAGAACCGACUGGCAUCCCUUGGCAAAGCUGAGGAAGAGGGCAGUGCCAAGGAUUUCAAGAAGAUGUACGAAGAUGCCUUGACAGAAAACGUGAAGCUGAAAUCCAAACUGGAAGAAAGCAAAGAUGAGCUGGGCAAGAUCAGGUCCCAGCUGGACAAAGUAACACAGAAACAGAACAAAAUAUCUGAAAAGUCCACUGUGCUUGAGACAGAGAAAAAGGAAAAGCGUGCGCUGGAGAAGAAGGUCUCUCAGAUGGAAGAAGAAUUGAAGAGCCUCCCGCAGCUGGGGCAGAUCGAGACCCUGAGGCAGGUGAACGAGCGUCUGGUGGCGGAGAACCGAGCUAUGAAACGUGUCAUCGACAGACUCUCAAGGCUCACCCCACUGCCAGAGACCGAAGACCUCUAACCUCCCCUUCACUCCUACCCAUCCCUCCACCUCCUUCACUUCACUACAUCUCUUCUUCCUGUCUGCACCCAGGCAGGUCUCGCCUUUUACUGUGCUUCCCAUCUCUCUCUCUCUCUCUCUCUCUCUCUCUCUCUCUCUCUCUCUCUCUCUCUCUCGCGUCUGGUGGCUAUGUGAUAAAUUUAUAACUUUCCCAUCCAAACAUUUACAUAUGACAACAUUUUUUAACUUCCCCUACUGCACCAAACAAAAUCUACGUCAAUUGUUAUUGAACCUUCUGCUCUGAAGAUUGUAAACUUUGUCUCUGGGUAGAAUGAAUCUGUUAUUGUUAAAAUGUAACCAUUUUCAAUUACAAUGCAAUCUAGACUAAAAUGCAGUUUUAUUUAUUUGCAUAAUAGUCUUAAUUACAACAUACUUGUGUAUUCUGUAGUACAGAUACAUCAGUUUUUGGGCCAUGAUGUCUUUUACCGCAAAAGAUCAAAGAACAGGGUCAAGUCCUUAAUGUAUUAUGUUGAUUUUGCUGAUGUAUUUGCCCUGCAAUUUCUUACAAUGGUGCUUAAUAGGGCAAAAACCUGACCCCUGGUGGCUCUUUGCUCUAAUGCAAUCUAAAACUGUUGCAUGAUUACAACUGCUACAGUAUGUGGAGCGUUUUUCCGAAUGUUUGGCUAUGGGAUGUGGAUAAAAGUGUGGUAGAAAUCGGGAUUAGCUUUAAAAUGAAUAGCAGAAAAUCUAAUAGAAUUUGCCAGCAUUAUAAUCGGAUAUAAUAAUGUUUGUUUCAUGCAAGUAUUUCUAAACUUAAAAUGUCAUUAGUGACUCAUGCUAGCAAGCUCUGUUUCACUUGGUUGUGGGAUUGGAAGAUAGCCACUGGCCUUCACUUCUCCUGAGCUGUUUUGUUGAAUUGUUGUGGUGAGGGAACAUAACUGAACAUUCCAAAAUUGGUUAGAAAAACAAGGUCAAAUAAGAUAGCCUCCGAACCGGGAGAUCAGUAGACUUGGGUUCAAUGCCCCGCCUCUGCCACUGCCACCUCUCGUAUAAUAUGUUAAGGGGGCUGAGUGCUGAGGUACCUUGUGUAUUUGAAGUUCCUUUGUGAUGACAAUGCAUGCAGCAUGCUACACUUAAGAUAACAUUGUCUUGUCUGCAUUAUUUAAUACUAUUUGUGAUUUUAUAUGCAUUGCAGUUAUGUUUGAAAUCAUGACAUAUAUUCAAUUCACAAUAAAUUUCAAAAGGAACAGUAUUUGUUUUCCACAAAGACUGAAUUGGUUACUAUAUAUAUAUCACUCCAGAUAAGGUUUUGGGUCAUUGAGUGAUUUACUCUGCAAUUUAGACACUAUGUGAGUACAAUGUAUUUUGGGUGAGUACAAUGUAACAUUACAUUGAAAUCAUGAAUACUUUCAAUAAAUAGUGUACAUACUUUAAAGCUGACUUAUGGGGUACAGCCUGACAUUUGAACUGUUUUGUUAGCUAUCCCGGCAUUUCUAUAAUCCAUUCUCUAGCUGCUGCAUGCAGUAUAUUCCUACUGAGACACCAGGAACAACGAAGCACAAGAAGCUUGAUAACAUGCAAACGCAAGCUGUGCAGAAAGAUUGCUCUGCGUAUUCUUUGCGCAUUAAAUUAAAAUAGCAUAUGUAAUUCACAUUUAUAUAUGACUACACCCCUUGCUGAAAUCCUGAAAAUCCUGAUUUAGGAAAAUGGGGUCUCAGAUUCUUCUGAUUUCAAUUGAUUUUAUAUCUCCCUGAUUUCUGGUAAACUAUGAAUCUUGAAUGCCAAUUUUAGAUCACUUGGAACUGCAUUACCCCACCCUGAUUUUGGAUACAGCUGUCAUAUACACUUAUUGCUGUAGAUUAACCAACAUGUCAGUGCACACAACUUGUCAAACAGACUUACUUUGUUCACAUUAUAAAAAAGCUGACAAGAUGAAGCCUGCAGACUAUAGAUGGGUAAUGGUAAGAUUUAUUUCUGUGAUAAAUAGGUAAUCAUCAAACAAAAGGGUUAAUAGCUUUAUAAUUCCCCUAUCGCCCUCAUCUGCUUCCCCAGGUUUUAAAUGACUUCAAGUCUGACAACCAGAGGCUAAAAGACGAGAACGGAGCCUUGAUCCGCGUCAUCAGUAAGCUGUCAAAAUGACGUGAUCCGGCAGCACUGAAGGAGCACCACAGCACGCCUCACCACUGACCAUGUGUCUUCAGACAGGGGCACCUGCUGCCACGCUGCAGUAAUGCACACAUCAUAUUCCUGUACACGAGCCACUCACUCACUGCUACGCAGAGCUUGGAUUGGACAGAUCUUCAUGGGGUUUGCCAGGGCCAGCAGCUUGGCUUACAAGAACUGCUGUAUGAUUCGACGGUAUCAGUGAGACAUCAAAGUGAAGUAAAGCCUCGAGCCUUGACCCUCUUCAGGCUGAAGGAAACUAGGCUGGUUCUAGUAGAUCAUUGUAACCAAGGAUGGACAAGGAUGCAGCCUUCCUGAGCUUUCUUCACAAAUGCUGUUCAUCGUGGCAAUUCUCGAGUCAAUUUAUUGCUGUUGUGCUGUAUAUCAUGGUACUUUAUCAAACAAGUCCAAAUAUUCUAUGCUUUGUAUGAAAACCAUGCAUAAUUGUAUAGGGUUAAGUCUGUAUAAGUGACCUACUGUCUCUUGCAUGCAUGUGCUGAAUUUGGACCAACCUCCAAACCAACCUCUUAUGCAAACCAACCUCCUAUCACUACAGAUUCCAGAUUCUACUUGUCUUUCUGCAAGCUGGACUGUUAUUCAGAGGACACUGGUUUAACAAUUGGGACCCCAGUUCACUGAUUGUAGGCAUUGCAGGACUUUGGUGUCAAACCCUCAUUUCCAAAUGCUUCACCUGAAGGACAUGCAGAUUCAUGUUUGUCUGGGGCUCCCGAGUGGCGCAUCCAGUAAAAGCACUCGCGUAGAGUGCAGGAUGCGUCCUGUAGUCUGGACGUUGCCGGUUCAAGUCCAGGCUAUUCCUUUCCCGACCGAGGACAGGAGCUCCCUGGGGGCGGUGUAUAACUGGCCGAGUGCCGCCCGGGGGGGAAGGGAGGGUCAGGUCAGCCAGGGUGUCCUCGGCUCACUGUACACCAGCGACCCCUGUGGUCUGGCCGGGCGCCUGCAGGCUUCCCUGUAAGCUGCCCAGAGCUGCGUUAGCUGUAGCUCUGGGUGGCUGCAUGGUGAGUCUGCCGUGUGUAAAAAAGUGGGCAGCUAACGGCACACGCUUUGGAGGACAGCGUGUGUUCGUCUUCGCCCCUCUCGAGUCAGCACAGGGGUGGUAGUGGUGAGCUGAGCCUAAAAAUAAUUGCACAUUACUAAAUUGGGGAGAAAAUAACAAAAAACUAAUUGGCGACUACUAAAUUUAAAAUAAAUAAAUAAAUACAUAAAUACAUAAAUAUUCAUGUUUGUCUAUGUGAUUAAUAAUGGCCAUCACUAUUCAAACAUGCUUGGAUAAGACGCUGUUAAGCAUGCUGUUAUAAGAUUUCUUUUGUCUGAUAUAUUUGUUAAAUAUAAGUACAUUUUAAGGUGAAUUUGCAUUGAACCCUUGUAAGUUAUUGGAUUGUAUAUCUAGUUUUUAAAAAUUAUAUACUAUUAUUCUUUGUUCUAGUUAAUUCAAAUGAGAUGAAUUCCUGUAGCACCGAUAUUUACCUCUUAUGUGCUGUCCCCUGGACUAUCACAGACUACAAGAGGGCUAAACCACUUCAUCCGCACAGCAAGCCCAGCGCAUUCCCUGUGAGAAGCUAUAUUUAUUGCUUUUGGUUGUUCCAAAUCUUGGUUCAAAAGUAUAUAUGGAGAAAUGACCCCAUUACAAUAAACAUCUUCACUAGGACAAGGCUAUAAAGGUGCCGCAUAGCGCCUCUCACACACUUCUGUGUAUCGUGGGUCUCUACAGAGCAGGCAUGUUUAAAACGUCUAAAGCGUAUGAGUAUGUGUUCUUGAAUGCAAUAUUAAUUAUAGUGUUUGAAGUGUCCCCUUUCAAGAAGGUUAAAGAAACCAGGUUCUGCCACAGCAUUUACAAAGCACCGUGGUCCUUACGAAGCUGCUGUAGCAACGCAGUGCAAUAUAUACCAUUGUUAUAUUGAUAUGCAAACAAACAGAAAACUAUGAGACUUUAAUCUCCAGCUUGAAUGAAUGUAUUGUAAAUUGAAUAUAACACAGGCAUGCUUUUACACCAUUGCAAGUUAUGCAUUGAGAUAUGUUGAUUCCAGUAAUAAUAUAUAUAUAUAUAUAUAUAUAUAUACCUUUUUUUUAGUUUUCUCUCUGUAGUCGUUUGUUUUGAAUGGGAUACACACCUUUGCAUCCAAAUAUCUUUAAUUCAAGAAUGUCUACUGGUUACCAGUGAUCGGAAUUGGUUUUGUAGACAUUUGGCUACUUAUUCUCCUACGUUUACCAUUGACUGACGAGAAGUUCUUGGGUUGUGACAGUAUGAAUAUUAAAAGUAGCCUUGCUGGAAAUUC